UCCUGCAGAUGGACGAGAUUCGGAUCAAACAGACACGACACAGCCUAAUGCAGAGUUACUGCACGUAUGAUCUUCUAACCCCCGAUGGGGCGUUGCUGUACCGCGCUGAGGAGAGAAGGGAAUGCUGUGGCCCCCGCAUUGACGUAUCAGUCCAGGACCUCAGUGGGCAACAUGUUCUUAUGCUUCUGCUGCCUUCCUCGUUUUGUACCUGGGAAACUCAGUUGCAGGUCUCGGAGGCCUCUGGAAUGCUCCUUGGGUACAUCGAUAGCAGUUGGUCAAGUAGGAACUUCACUAUCCUGACGCCCACUGGACAGAAAUCCCUGAUAGUUCAAGGCCCAGGCUGGGGCGGUGGGUUCAUGUCUGAUGCCAACUUCCAGGUGAGUAUGUACAACGGCCAGGAAGCUUUUGGUUUGAUCACUCGUGUUUGGAGAGGGGCGAAGAAGGAAUUUUUUAGUCCCAAUGACUAUUACACAGUCAAGUUCCCUCGUGACCUGGAUGUGGGAGUGAAAGCUCUGCUGGUGGCCUGCACCAUUUAUAUUGAUUUUCUCCAUUAUAGAGAAAGAAAUCGCAACUGACCCUUUACACUGGAGAAAGUUCGAGCCUCGGCUGGAGCUCACGGAUGGGGCAAAUGAAAAUACAGGGUCACAACGGGAUCAUCCCGAACUCCAAUCAGAUUGCGAGCCGUGUAUUUGAAUUUAUUGUGAAUUUAUUGGAGCACUGCACCAUGAUGGGGCGGCACAGAGGAUCCCCUUUAUUGAUUAAGGCCAAUUAAUUAGCCAUUCACUUAUAGAUCACAGUAUUCGUAUACACGGAGCUGCUCUCCAGCCAAUCACGGCAGCCCAGAAUGAUCCACCAUCAGUUUCCUUUCUAUAGAUAAGACUUGGGCAAUGGCCAUGGGCUAUUCUAACGCUCCAAUACAGGUUGACUUUCACUGUAAUGGAACAUUCAAGAUGAACCAAAAAGUCAUUGUGCCUUUAUUGUACCACCCAGCAUGGCAUCAGAACAAAGCACCUGCUUUUCAAAAGCCACUCCUACUAAUAUGAAGCCACACCCAUUAUAAUUGGGGGGGGCAGGGUCUUUACUUUAAACAAAUAUAUGGUCCAGUGGUCCAGUGAAACACACACACACACAUAUAUAUAUAUCUUUGCACUCUAUUUGCAUGAAUAUUUGGGAGAUUUCUGCUAAAAAAAAAAAAAACCCCAGCAGCCUUAACAAAUAUAUUUAUUCUUGUGUAAGUUUUAUAUCAGAAAUAGAGAUCCAGUUUAAUUCGAUGGGGGUCAUUUUUAUGUUUAUAAAGGUCACAUGGUACAUUUAUUUGACAAUUCCCUUUAUGUAUUUUGCUGUUUCUCUCUGUGUGUUCAGAUUCAGUUUAUUGUGUGUUUGUAGUGGAAAGUCGUCAUUUCUUUUUCUAUAUUUUAUGUAUUAUAAAAGAAACAUUAAAUGGACUUUUCAUUAAAA